AUGCACUAUGAGCAGGAACUGACUUGGUUUCAGAUGAACGGCCUCGUUGAGUACUGGAAGUCAGAGUUACAGGGCAUGAGCGAUGAUGGGUGGGUUAGGACCGAGGCUUUUGAAGACGCUAUCAAGAAGAAUAUGGAGCUAAUGCAGGUUUUGCUGGAUGGUUCUGAUACCCCAGAGGAAGAGCGAUGUGUUCAGGAGCAGUGGCCAUUUCAGGAUCACGAAGAGGAGGCUAACUGA